GCCCCCGCCGCCGCUGCUGCUCCUGCUGCUGCUGCUCCUGCCCGGCUCCGGACACGGAGGUUCCCUUUGGGGGAGCAUCGAGGAAUACAGCCUGGUCAUCCCGAGCAGCACUGAUGCAGGGGGGAGAUUCCUGUCCCACUCGGUGUCAGGAGCCGGCAAGGGCCGAUUCCGCCGGGAGGCCAGCCGCCUCCCGGGCGAAGAGGCCGACGAGCAGAUAUUCUACAAUGUCACGGUGUUCGGGAGAGACUUCCACUUCAGGCUGAGACGGAACUCCAGGCUCAUCGCCCCCGGGGCCACGGUCGAGUGGCAGGAAGACUCCAACGUGACGUAUGUGGAACCGCUCCUGGGGAACUGUCUGUAUACUGGAGAUAUUACCGACCUGCCCAACACUUCGGUGGCAAUCAGUAAUUGCGAUGGACUGGCAGGCCUGAUUCGCACAGACCAGGACGAGUUCUUCAUCGAGCCCCUGCAGAAGGGAGAGACAGAAGAACGGACCGGCCGAACCCAUGUGGUGUAUCGCAGACCCCAGCCCUCCUCGGCCCCCACGCCCCUUCCUCCAGAGCACAGUGAGGGCCCGCUUGAAGGUGCCGGCCUGGGCGUCCUGGAGAACCUGGGCAGCGGGCUCAGAGGGCUCGAGCACGGCAUCGGUGGCUCCCGGAGGAGGCCGAGGCGCCACGCCACCGAGGACGACUACAACAUCGAGGUCCUCCUGGGUGUGGAUGACUCUGUUGUCCAGUUCCAUGGCAAGGAGCACGUGCAGAAGUAUCUUCUCACUCUCAUGAACAUCGUGAAUGAAAUCUAUCACGAUGAGUCUUUAGGAGCCCACAUCAAUGUCGUCCUGGUCAGGAUUAUCAUGCUGAGCUACGGAAAGUCGAUGAGUUUGAUCGAGAUUGGGAACCCGUCCCAGAGCCUGGAGAAUGUGUGUCGCUGGGCCUACCUCCAGCAGAGGGCUGACACAGGCCACGCCGAAUACCAUGACCACGCCAUCUUCCUAACCCGGCAGGACUUUGGCCCAUCCGGCAUGCAAGGCUAUGCCCCGGUGACUGGAAUGUGUCAUCCCGUCCGCAGUUGUACCCUGAACCAUGAAGAUGGAUUCUCUUCAGCCUUUGUGGUGGCCCACGAAACAGGGCAUGUGUUGGGCAUGGAGCACGACGGCCAGGGGAACAGGUGCGGUGACGAAGUCCGGAUGGGGAGCAUCAUGGCCCCGCUGGUCCAGGCCGCCUUCCACCGCUUCCACUGGUCCCGCUGCAGCCAGCAGGAGCUCAACCGCUACCUCCACUCGUACGACUGCCUGCGCGACGACCCCUUCGACCACGCCUGGCCAGCACUGCCCCAGCUGCCGGGCAUCCACUACUCCAUGAACGAGCAGUGCCGCUUCGACUUCGGCCUGGGCUACAUGAUGUGCACCGCGUUCCGGACCUUUGACCCCUGCAAACAGCUGUGGUGCAGCCACCCUGACAACCCGUACUUCUGUAAGACUAAGAAGGGGCCGCCUCUGGAUGGCACAAUGUGUGCCCCCGGCAAGCACUGCUUUAAAGGUCACUGCAUCUGGCUGACGCCGGAUAUCUUAAAGCAGGAUGGAAACUGGGGCGCUUGGAGCAAGUUCGGUGCCUGCUCCCGCACCUGUGGCACCGGAGUGAAAUUCCGGACACGGCAGUGUGAUAACCCUCACCCAGCCAACGGUGGUCGCACAUGCAUGGGCCCCAACUACGAAUUUCAGCUGUGCAACACUCAGGAAUGCCCCUCUGUCUUGGAUGACUUCCGAGAGGAGCAGUGUCGCCAGUGGGACCCAUACUUUGAGCAUCAGGAUGUCAAGCACCACUGGCUCCCGUACGAGCACCCGGAUGCUAAAGAGAGGUGCCACCUGUACUGCGAAUCAAAGGAGACGGGCGAAGCCGUGUACAUGAAGCGUAUGGUGCAUGAUGGCACCCACUGCUCCUACAAAGACCCCUAUAGCAUCUGUGUUCGAGGAGACUGCUUGAAAGUUGGCUGCGAUCGGGUGAUCGGGUCCACGAAGCAGGAGGACAAGUGUGGUGUGUGCGGCGGGGACAGCUCCCACUGCAAAGUGGUCAAAGGGACCUUCUCACGGUCACCCAAGAAACCAGGUUACCUGAAGAUGUUUGAAAUUCCAGUGGGCGCAAGACACCUUUUGAUCCAAGAGACGGAUUCUACCGGCCACAACUUAGCCAUCAAAAACCAGGAAACGGGAAAAUUUGUUUUAAACGAAGAAAACAUCGUGCCGGACUCCAGAGUGUUCAUUGACAUGGGUGUGGAGUGGGAGUAUCGGAAUGAUGAUGACAGAGAGAUGGUCCAGACCAUGGGGCCUCUACACAGUAGAAUUAUAGUGUUGGUCUCCCCACGAGGCAGCGAGAAGAUCACUCUGACGUAUAAGUACAUGAUCCACGAAGACUCGUUGACCGUGGACGGCAACAACGUUCUGGUGGAGCUGUCUGUCAGCUACGAGUGGGCCCUGAAGAAGUGGUCCCAGUGCUCCAAGCCCUGUGGAGGAGGUCACCAGUUGACCAAGUAUGGGUGCCGGCGGAAGGCCGACAACAAGAUGGUCCACCGGCGCUUCUGCGACUCCAUCAAGAAGCCCAAACCCAUCCGCCGAGGCUGCAACCUACACCAGUGUUCUCAGCCACUGUGGGUCGCUGGGGACUGGGAGCCGUGCAGCAAGAGUUGUGGGAAGACGGGCUUUCAGGUGCGUUGGGUGCGCUGCAUCCAGCAGCUGAGCGACCGCACCAACCGCUCCGUCCACACCAAGUACUGCGACGACGACCGGCCCGAGGCCCGUAGGGCCUGCAAUCGCCACCUGUGCCCGGCCGAGUGGCGGCUCGGGCCCUGGUCCCAGUGCUCGGUCACCUGUGGCAAUGGCACUCAGGAGCGGCAGGUCCUCUGCCGGACCAAAGACAACGUCAUCGGCUCCUGUAAGGAAGACAGACCCGAAACGGCGAGGAUCUGCAGGCUGGCUCCUUGCCCCAGAAACGCCUCCGAUCCGACCAAGUCCAACUACAUCAUCCAGUGGCUGUCCCGACCAGAUCCCGACUACCCCAUCCAGAAGAUCUCUUCAAAGGGCCGCUGCCAAGGAGACAAGUCCAUGUUUUGUCGCAUGGAAGUCCUGUCUCGCUACUGUGCCAUCCCUGGGUACAAUAAGUUGUGCUGCAAGUCCUGCAACCCGAACACCACUGAGGCGGGCAAUGUGCCCCAGCGGCCUCCCAUCAAGAACAAUGACAUCCAGGCCCUGCCCGCACCCUCUGGGACCCUGACGGUUCCCCCCCCAACCCCGGGGACCCCCAGCGGCUCCCCUCCCCCGACCGCCCGCCUCAGCCUCAACGCCACCGACGACCGCCCAGAGACCAACGCCCUGGAUGACCCCUACCGUGGCCCCAGCCCGGCCGACGGGGCCCAGGAGCACAACGCCAUCCCCGCCCCGCGCCGGUCCACGCCCCUCGAGAAAACGCGCAAUCGCAGGAUUCAGGAGCUCAUCGCCGAGAAGAGGAAGAAAGAGAGUCUCGGGAACUUGUAAUAAAGUGAAAAGAUGGCAUCGGGACUGACUCUUUUUUUCUCUCAGACAGACUCAUGUGUCGGAGCGGAGCGAGCGCUGCAACAGCCAUGGGGAGUCGAGAUGAUUUUUGAGCAGGAGGAAGGCGAACAGCCGCUGGGAGAAUCCCCUCCGUUAAAGCGGGAAUGGCCGAGGCCAGUGUAUACAGCCACUUACUCUCUACACUUGCGGCUCAUAAAGUGGCUCGACAGCACACAAGCCACGGGAGUUCCGUCCAGGGCAACCUUAAAAAAAAUAAAGCAGUUA